AGAGACACAAGUGAGACUCAUCGGAUACAGCAGCAGAAAAACUUUCAUCACUUUGAGACUUCAGCCAAAGUAACUGAUCGAAAUGGCAGACGUCGCCGUUGCAGUUCCCGCCGAGAAGAGGGCACCUCCCAAAUUCAAGCAGAGGACCACUCGCACCUUCAAGAGCAAGGCGCCUAAACCUGGCCAGAAGGGAUUCGGAGACGACAUCCCCGGCAUGGAGGGCCUUGGCACAGACAUCACAGUGAUCUGCCCAUGGGAAGCCUUUGGGGACAUGGAGCUCAGCGACCUGGCGAAAUAUGGAAUUGUUUAGCCCUCUUCUUUAUGAACUCUUACCUCCUGUUAAAACAGUUGUCCCUCAUGUAUUCCAACUGUUUUACUGAGAAAAUCUGGCUUUGUGGUCAAGAGAGGAGGCAGCUUUUGAUUAUUUAAUAUAUGACCUGGAAAAAAAAAGAAAUAAAUCCAGCACUCUCUCUUGUCUCUUGCACUUUAUCUGGCCCUGCCUUUCCAACAAUUCUCCAUCGUCCUCAUAACGAGUGCUGAUAGCAGCUCUGGACCUCAGAUUUUACUUUCCACAAAGGAAAAAAAGAAAACAGAUGGAGUAUUUAUUUUCUUAUUUAAAUAGCCUAUAUUUU